GCUCAUCAGCUUUGACAUUUGAAUUUCUUACUUGUUCUUCUUAAACGACCACUAGCGGCAACUACAUCAUCGUCAUCUUUUCUCAGGCGUGCUCCAUCACUUUUUCUCAGGGCAGAAGAUUGAUCUGGCUUCAAGAAUUGGCUCACAUAGAGCGGCUCAAGAUGACUUGUUUUCUUUCAUUUUUCCGAAAGAAGAGAGUUCCAUUUGGGAAAAACGCACUUAAAGAGGAAGUUUCAAAUAUUCAUGAUACAAAAAUGUAUACUUAUGGAGAAUUGCGAAAGGCAACAGAAAAUUUCAGUGUGGCCAAUAAAAUAGGUCAGGGAGGCUUUGGUUCUGUCUACAAGGGAAGGCUCCAAGAUGGUACUCUGGCUGCUAUAAAGGUACUAUCGGCUGAAUCAAGGCAAGGUGAACGGGAGUUCUUGAGAGAGAUAGAAGCAAUUGCAAGGAUAAAGCAUGAAAACUUGGUUAAAUUGCAUGGUUGUUGUGUGGAAGGGAACUAUCGAAUUUUGGUCUAUGGUUAUCUUGAGAACAACAGUCUUGCACAAACUCUUCUUGGUAGAGGGCAUAGCAGUAUCCAAUUCAGUUGGCAUACACGUCGGAAUAUUUGCAUUGGAGUUGCUCAAGGGCUUGCUUUUCUUCAUGAAGAGGUUCAUCCACAUAUUGUUCAUAGAGAUAUUAAAGCAAGCAAUAUACUUCUAGAUAAAGACUUAACACCCAAAAUUUCAGAUUUUGGUCUUGCAAAGUUUUUUCCAUCCGACAUGACUCAUAUUAGUACACGGGUUGCCGGGACAGAAGGUUACCUUGCACCUGAGUAUGCCAUGCGAGGUCAGUUGACGAGGAAAGCAGAUAUAUAUAGUUUUGGUGUUCUGCUACUGGAAAUUGUUAGUGGUAGAUGUAACACAAACAAGCGGUUACCUUAUGAAGAACAAUAUCUGCUUGAAAGGGCAUGGCAACUGUAUGAGAAGGGGGAACUAUUAAAAUUGGUGGAUGCAUUAUUGAACGAGGAUUACAAUGUUGAAGAGGCUGACAGAUAUUUGAAGAUUGCUCUCAUCUGCACCCAAGAUAUGGCAAAGCUCCGGCCAUCCAUGUCUACCGUGGUCCAGAUGCUAGCAGGUGAAAUAGAUUUAAGCAAACAGGAAAUAUCAAAACCUGGCCUUCUCUCUGAAUUGCUUGGCCUCAAAGUUGGCAAGGGCCAGAAAGAUGAAUCCGAUGACUCUGGCAAGCUGGAUGGUUCAUCUUCAAUGUUAAGAAAUAUGGAUACCUCUUAUGCUACCAUGACCUUCAACUCUAUAUACGACCGAAGCAGUUAAGUUGAUAAAAUAAUUUUUAACUUAUUGUUUUAUUUUUCUUUCUUUACUGAAGAUCAUGAGAGUUUGGCUUUGGAGAACAUUUGAAGUGCAUAUGAGGUGCUAACAAAGUGGUGCUUCAUCUUUCGAGAUCUCAAUUAUGUAAAUGUUCUGUAAUCUAGUAGGUAGAUUUAGUUGAUUCUUUUUCAACUUAGCUCCUUGUUUUCUAUAUUGUUUUUGUGUUUCUGGAAAAAAAAUAAAAAGGAACUAUUUCUACACUCUUUGGCUACUCAACUUCUACUUCUCAGUAAUUAAAUGAAGGAACAAAUGGAAGUCUAUUAAUCAAAUAAAGUUUACUUUCAUCCUA